GGAUAUUGUAUACUAUUUUAUAUUGUGGCAAUAAUAUAUAUUAAUGAUAUUGAAUAAUUAUAUUAUAAAAAAUAUUUAUUGGCUUAAAAUUUUUCUUUUAGUACAAAUCAAUAAAUAAUUUUUUUCAAUUUUAACCAUGACUAGAGUUUUUAAGCCUUCCACAAAUGUCGCACCACUCAUCAAGUUUGGUCGUUGGAGUUUGCUACUAUUGGGAAUUUCUUAUGGAGCUACUAAACAUAGUUUUCUUCAGAAUAAUGCAGAUAAAACUAAAGAAACCAGUUACAAGCUCAAAGCUGUAAAAGAAAUUCAACUAUCUGAAGAUAAAAUUAAGUUUGCUGCUGAAGAAUUGAACAAUUUGGAAUUGAUUUUAAAUCCUGUGAAGGAUGUAUAAGAAGCUUCCUUUAGUUUGUUAGUUACAUAAAUGUUACUAUUAGUUAUGGAUUGAUUUAUCAAUACAUUAAUGAAAACAUUUUAGUGUAAAAGUUGUGUAAAAUAAUUUUAUGAUAAAAAUAUAAAUUUUCCUGAUGCCUAGUAUUCAA